CCACAAACUUGUACGGACUGUUAAAGGGCCCGUGUCCGGUCAUGGAUACGUGUUAUUGACCGAAAUAUCACUGUUUGGGGAAAUCUGCUACAGUUUCAUGUGAAUGUUUGUACUGUAGUUACAGUCGUGGAUUUUGAUUACAGUGGUUAAGCGUGUGUAAAAUGGAAAAUAUUUGUAGAAGAGGUAAGGCAACUACAGAUUCGUCUCUUUCAGUGCUACUCUGUCUACUUAUUUGUCUCAGAGCUUCAUCAUGUGACAAGCGCCUUCCUGAGUCCUCAAUGACAGCUAGAAGUGGCUUCAAACAGUAUAAAAAUGCCAUUUGCCAAAAUGUGUUGUGUCAGCUCUCAGCACCUUAUGCAUCCUGGAUUGGAUCUCAUAAUAUCAGUUUGGCCUGGAAGUCCCUGAAUGAGUCCGAUGUGGUGUAUAUUCCUCAGUGGACCGGUCCUAGUCUGUCUGGGGUCUGGACACAAGCAGAGAAUGUUACAGAAUCAACAUACACUGUCAAUCAAUUGGAGCCUUUUUCCUGGUAUAAGUUCAGGGUCUGGGCUGUGAAAACAGAAAAACAAGCUUGUUCUCCAGCGAGCCCUUGGUACCAAACAGACCCAUUUGGGUUGCCCUCCAGCCCUUCUAUUGACAGUGUUGAGAGUGUAUCUGGAGAGAGUGUGGAGGUUCGCUGGUUUCCACCCAAGAAACCAGGAGGACCUAUCUUGGGUUUUAACCUCAAUCUUACGGCCAAAGAACACGUCAUAAGUGUCGCGACUGGAGGAAAUGUAUUCUUCACUACAUUCUACCCAGCAUUCCAUAACACUACAUACAGGAUCUCUAUAGCUGCUGUAAACAUGGAAGGCCAGGGUUUGAUCGCUGAAGCCAGCAUAACAACACCAGCACAAAUUGAGCAGAAUGGAGGUCGCUGGGUCUUUGCAUCCAGAUGGAACUCAUUAAGGAGGAGAGAAGAGGACGCUGAUUUCUUCACAACAGCAGAAUGUCUUGCUGACGAUCUCAUAGAGAGCAACAUCACAGGGGUGGCCAUGCACUACAAUGCCAACCAAGUGUACUUCUCAGAGGGGACUCGUAUUUGGGCAAAAGGGGCUGGAAAUCUUACUGACCACUCAGAUCUAAGGCUGCUCCACUCUGCUCAUUUGGAUGUCACAGCACUCACUGUAGAUUGGCUUUAUCAGAGAAUUUACUAUGUUUCCAGUGGCAGGGUCUUUUAUUGUGGAUUAGUUGACUGUUCUUUUCCAGUGAAUGUAAAUCUCACCCUAUCCAGUGACCCAAUAAACAUAAUUGCAGAUCCAUAUAAUGGAUGGCUGUUCUUGUUGCUGCACAGUGGAAUAUAUUGCACCCCUCUUCCUGUAAUCUCUGGCCAACAUCCUGAGGUAAAUCCAAUUAUAGAAACAAAAUUUGUCUACAACUUUGUGGUCAGUUUCGCCAAUAAGAGACUGAUUUAUCAUGACCGAAGUGAUCAAAUGCUCAAUGCUACAUAUAUUUUGGAUGGAUCGGGUCCUGUUACGCUCUACACGAAUGUUAACUUUGAAGCAAACAGCAUUGCUUACGAGGACGAUUUCUUCAUGCUCUCUAAUGGACAUGCUCUUUAUAAACAAGUUGGUCAGAAUCAAGUGGCCAGUUUUUAUGAAUUCUCUAUGGACUGUAACAUCUUCCAAAAUGGAGGCUUUGGUAAUCUCUGCUAUUUUAGCCCAUCUGCACAGCCUUACCCUUUGCCACAAAGGCCAAGAAACCUUCAAGUCCUGUUUGGAUCUGAUAAAGCCAACCUCUACUGGCAUAAACCUGAACAUAUGAUUGGAGCAAGUCCAUCCGCCUGGCAAAAUUGGACUUACACUGUAAACUGCUCAUCGAGUGGUUUAGUAACAACAAGCGUUAGUGGAAUAACUGACACACAUGCAACAGUUUCAGAUCUAGUGAGCUCAAAGAAGUACCAUGUGACGAUCAAGGCGUGUUCACCUGCCGGAUGCUCUAAAUCUGUCUCAUAUGAAGGAACAACUCUCCAGCCCGUGGACGAUGACCCCUAUAUAACUGCUGCCUGUGACAAUGACAUCUGGAAGCAAGAUUUGGAUAGUGUUGAGUUCCUCAAUCAACUGGUGUCUAAUAUUGGUGAUGUAAAAGACAUGGACUUGUACAACAACACAAUCUACUGGACUAACAGUUCAGGGCACAUUAACUGGAUUGAACUGGGUAACCAGUCUUUGAGUGGGAGAAUCAAGACAAUGCCAUUACCCAUGAAUGCUGAAGCUGUGGCUUUUGAUUGGCUAGGACAAUAUUUAUACUGGAGCUGCAAUUCAAUUCAAAUUUGCAAAUGGUCUACAUCUACUCAGGAGGUUGAGAUAUUUCUCCAGGCAGAGGAACAGAUUCUCAGUUUGGUUAUUGAUUCAUUGAAUGCUGACAUCUACUGGACCACUGAAAUAUCAGUGGAGCGAUGCAAACUGAAUGGAGAGGGCUACCAACUUUUGGAUAAGCUGAGUGUGUUCUCUGGUAGAGAGAUUGCUGGUAUCACUUUGAAUGUGAUUGAGGGAAACCUCUACUGGUUGGUGCAAGACGGCUCCCUGUUAAAUCUUUACAGAACUAACAUCAUAGCUGACAGGAUUCAAAAGUCAAAAGUGGUAGAAUAUGAAAGAUGGACCACCUCUCAAAUCUCAAAUCAUCAAGUGGGCUACUACAGUGGACGGCUUGUUUGGCUAGAUGAGAACAAACAGCUAAGAAUUCAGGAGGUGAACCAAACAACCAGUGUUCUCAUGUCUGCUAGCGAUACACUGACAGCUUUUUCUGUUGUACAGAAGAUGCUCAAACCUCUGCCAGAUGGGUUCAUAUCUCCUCCUGUAGUUAUUCCACCUGCAAUUUCCAAAACUUCUAUACGCCUUGAGAGGAGUCACACAUUUUUCCAGAUACUCUGGGAACCCAGUGGUAUUGACUUUGGGAAUGUUUUCUACUGUGUGGUGUUUAAGGAACUAUUGCAUGUGGAACAACUCCAAAAUAACUACCCCACCAGAAUUUGUCAUCCUGAUAACACAUUUUCUAAACCAGUCAUAAAUGUGACAAGAUUCAAGUCAAACACUGAAUUUAACAUCACCAUAACCCCCUUUUCACACUGGGGGAAAGGGGCAUCAACACACACAGUUCUCGUUUCUCCAGAAAAUGAUGCGCCAUUAGACACUGACAUGACAUUGAUUAUUGUGAUUACAGCAAUCUGUGUUGGUAUUGCAUUGAUUAUUGUCAUCCUUGUAGUCAUUUGGCACAGACAUCAUAAUACAAAAGAUCAUGGAACAGUUGCACAAACAGGUGUGCACAUUCAUCCAGAUGAGGAGUUGGACUAUAUUCGGGGUUUAGUUGGUCUUGGGAAUGCCUGCUAUGCCAUCAGUGCCGUACCUGCCAAAGGAGAGAUAGACUCACUUCCUCUGUUUCCCAGAGACUGUCUGAAGCUUCAGAGAUUGUUGGGCAGUGGUGCUUUUGGAGAGGUUUAUGAAGGUAUUACAGUCGGUAGCCAAAUCGCUGAAGUCGUGCCAGAGAGGAGAGUAGCUGUCAAGACACUGCGGAAAGGUGCAAGUGACUAUGAAAAAGCUGAAUUUUUGAAAGAGGCUCAUUUGAUGAGCCAGUUUAAACAUCCAAACAUCCUGCGUCUGCUUGGAGUGUGUCUGCUAAAUGAGCCACAUUACCUCAUCCUGGAGCUAAUGGAAGGAGGAGACCUUCGUUCUUACCUGAGAGGAGCUCGCCUUACAAAUAAACAUGGAGAGUUACUGAAUCUGACCAGUCUCUUAGACAUCAGUUUGGAUGCUGCCAAAGGGUGUGCUUAUUUAGAAAGAAUGCACUUUGUUCAUAGAGAUAUUGCUGCAAGGAACUGUCUAGUAUCAGUUAGAGGUUACACAGACCCAGACAGAGUCAUUAAAAUUGGAGACUUCGGAUUGGCCCGUGAUGUAUAUAAAAAUGACUACUACAGGAAGAACGGUGAAGGUCUACUUCCUGUACGCUGGAUGUCACCAGAAAGCUUAACAGAUGGAAUUUUCAAUAAAUACUCUGAUGUAUGGGCAUUUGGUGUGCUGCUGUGGGAGAUUAUGACAUUAGGAAAGCAACCAUAUCCCACAUACACCAACCAUGAAGUAUUACACCAUAUUAGUACAGGUGAACGACUGCCUUCACCAGCAGGGUGUCCUCAGAGAUUGUAUAAUCUGAUGAUGGACUGUUGGAAAAAGGAACCAAGUGAGAGACCAAGCUUCCAGUACCUUCAGGAAACUCUGAGCAAAUUUAAAGAUUAUGAAGCUGAUAAAACAGCGAGUCAGAAUGGGGCAACAGGUCAUGUAAACCAAGCCUACCAGGAAGAAGAAGAGGAAGUAUUCAUAAGCGUGGAUGAAGAUGAAGAUCUGGAUACUGGACUUUCUCCUGUGCUCAGCAAUGAAGGACUGAAUUACUUGGUGUAUCGAGCCGAGAGCCCAGACAGUGUCCGAACAGACUCAUCCACACCCAUGGAGGAUCGAUAAGACUAGGAAAAAGGGACUGAAACUAGUUAAAAGUAACAAAAAUAUAAACUAAAAAUGACACUUAAUUGCUUCAGUGUUUCAAUGUGGUUUUCAAAAAGUAAAUGGCACCAAGUUUUACAAAGACCUGUGAGCUGGACCUCACUUUUUGAAUUUUCCUACUUGUAAAUUAGUUACAAUAGUUACAAUUUACAAUAUAAACCCAGAUAGAGCAAGGGAGAUAUAGAGACAUUGAUAGUAAUACGUGAUAUCGAUGGAUAAAUAAAGGUAAGAAAGAAGACAAAUCAGAAUUCAGUAGGUAAAUAGAUUGAUGACAUCACAGUUGUAUCGUAAAUUUUGAUUGCUGAUCAUUCAAUCAAUGUAAGACAAUGGGAGGUUCUCUAAUCUUAAAGGAGCUGUAAGCUAUUUUUUUUAUGGAAAAGUAUGCAGAAAAUGUUCCUACACCCUUAAAGAUAUUAAUUAGUGUCCUGCGAUAUCUCACCGGUCUCUGUAACAGCUGUAGACUUUGAAAACAGCAAACAAAAAACUGCCGUUAUUGAGUCACCGGUGAAUUUGACAGCCACAGGAACAAACAACGCUGCUCUUUUGCUCGGUUUUGGUCUCAAAAUGAUCUUUGGAGGGCGGGGUUUUGGAAUGAGGGGGCGUGGCUAAUUCAAAGGCUCAGUCACGUGAAAGCUUCAGAAUGCUAAAGUCGCUUACAGCACCUUUAAUAUUACUCAAGAAUUCUGGUUAGGGUUCGUUCCAACUCUAAGGGGCCGUUCACACCGAACACGUCGUUUGUGUUGUUUGCUGUUCAGGUCUUAGUCCAAAAACCCGUCAUUAUCAUUUUCGAGCCAUUUGUUCCCUCGUGAUUUUCCUAUGGGCUUUUUAUAGUGGCAGUUUUAUAUUUAUGAGUGAAAUAAUGUAUGUGGUAAAUAUUACGAAGGUACUUGUUUUCAGGGGUGUAAAGUAACGAAUUACAAAUACUCACGUAACUGUAAUUAAGUAGUUUUUCCCAGGAAUUUAACUUUUUUUAAGUAUUUUUAAAAUUGUAUACUUUUACUUGAGUACAUUUUAAGUGCUGUAACUGUACGCUAUUUUCCCACCGUCUGUGUUCGCUACUUCCCUGUCCUGAUUUUAUUUGUAUCUAUCAACAUGAUUGGCUAGGGAGAGUCUCCUGACUCCCAUCAAAUCAAAUCACAUGUAAAAAACUUGAACGGCAGCUGCAGAUCGACGCCAACUGUUAUGGAUUUGGAGAAUGCCUCAAGCACAGUUCAGCACUUGAACAACACGGCCGCACCUGAAAGGGCUUUUCGCAGUGAAAAAGGCCAAUUGCUUGAUUGUGUCAUGUGAGUUUAACUUGCUCAAGCCAGAUAUCAGCAUUAAUCCUGCCUCUAAUUUGAAGAAACAUAUCGAGGUAAAUGUAAUAUUUCUGUUUACUAGAUUCUGUGUGUCUAUAAUGUAGCCUGUAAUUUAACUAUCUAUCACUGAGAUUAUUGGGUUAGUGUGAGAGAUUAAGGCAAUGUUAUCAAAAGGGCUGGGCAAUAAAACAAACUUGAUGUUUAUCUGAGAAAAAAAAAAGAGAGAUGUCCUCGAUAUUGAAGAUAAACUUUUGAUUAAUUUUCUAUACUUAGCCUAUGUUCUACAUCUAGACCAGGUGUGUUCAUUACAUCGAUCGUGAUAGCAAGACAAACACUGGUUGGUUGAUCUAGAUGAAAUAUAAAAGAUUGACUUUUUAUUUCCUGACGUAUGUAGCUGCGUGCUGUUUGAUUGACAGGUGGCUUAUAUUUGUGCGCUUUACAUGCGCGUUUGCUCCGAGAACGCUAAUGCGGGUACACGCCUAAAUGGUCAAAUACACUUGAUAAUUCCGCCAAUGCCCGUCUUGGUGAGGCAUUAAUGUAAAUGCAGUCGAUUUGGUCUAAAGUGAACGUAAACAGUGGGACAAAAAGCGUAUUUGCAUCAAAAUGUCAGACUUGAAGUGUGCACGUGACCGAAAUGAGCACUGUCUAGUAGGCUGUGUCAUAAAAAGGCUAUUAAUCAAACAACAAUAACAAGGAAACGAGAAAACCACUCACUACUUUUGGCUGAAUAACUUGAGUAACUUUAAAAGUAUUAAUGUAAUAGAAUAAAACAGUGACAAAUUUAAUAAUAAUAUUUUUUAAUAAUAUUGUUCGUUUUUUAUAUAUAUAUAUAAAAUACUGACCCCUGAUGUAGAGAGUGUGUUAAUUUGUAUAAUAAAUUACCUGGAAAGUAGAGAUGAUAAAAUAUUUUAUAAUUAUGCUUAGCCUUUAUCAAGUUUUUACUAAUGCCUGAUGUAGAGCAUUAUUUCAGACAGAAUAUUCCACCAUUCACAAACUUCAGAAAAUUGUGCAUCAUGCAUUAGAAUGAGAAUACAACUAUUGCUGGGCUUAAAAGAUACAAGAACUAAAUCAAUGCGGGACAUUAUAUCUCAAAAGGAGUACAGUGUGGCCCCCCCAUGUGCUACUUAAAUAAAUAGUUCGCUCAAAAAUGAAGAUUUCUCUUUAUUCACCCUCAUGCCAUCCCAGAGGUGUACGACUCUCUUUCUUCAGAACACAAAUUAAGA